AUGGCAGAGAACAAGCCUCAAGAACCCAACCGGUUCUCUCCUAAAAUUGAAGAAUCUGUCAGAGAGAGCUUGUCGUUUGAAGGCUUCUUACGAAAGAGGAAAGAUACAAUGGUAAGCAGAUUGUUACUGUAGUCAAGACAAUAAACCGCUGUUAUUGACAUAUUACAUAAUAGGAGAAAUACAUAUGGUAACCAUAGGGCUUUAUAACCAGAGUAGAGAUAGCUCUAAGUGCAAAGGGUGGGAAAACUGACCUCCAGCUGUUGCAAAACUACAACUACAACUCCUAUGAUGCUUAGAACUUGUGCACCUGAGCACUGUCUCUGAAGGGUUACAUCCUCUAGAGCAGGGGUUCCCAACCCAGUCCUCAAGUACCCCUUAGCAGCCCAGGAUUUAGGGAUUACCCUGUUGUGUCUAACAUGUUUUUCUUUUUUCCUAAAAACACCUUAGACACACUGGCUAAUAGCUAAAUCCUGGACAGUUAGGGGGUACUUGAGGACUAGGUUGGUAGUAGCUAAAUCCUGGACAAUUAGGGGGUACUUGAGGACUGGGUUGGUAAUAGCUAAAUCCUGGACAGUUAGGGGUACUUGAGGACUGGGUUGGGGACCACCUCCUCCAAACGGUUCUAUUGCAAAUGUGUAGUUGCUACAACUCCCAUGAACCUUAGCCUGCCAUUAGAGUCCACAAACGGGGGUUAUCUCUAAACUCUAAAUUUUAGCAGAUUAAAUAGCUGAUGUGAAAAAAAUAAUCCCACUUAGCUAUAGUCUCAGCCUGGCUAUUUUUACCUAAAUUUAUUGUUUAGAGUAGAACCCGGACAGUGUGCCCCAAAGUGUGCAUUGCAGGUAAAUUCUGAGAGUUAAAGGGCUGUGCUGAUCCAGCAGGUAUAACAUGUAAUGAAUGUAGCAAAGGUAAAUAUUAACUGUCUCUGCGUGUUACCUGUGCAUAUAAAGUAGGUACAUGUUACUUGUGUACGUAUAUAAUAUAUAACUGUGUGCAGGUAUGACUAUAUCACUUUAUUACCUUACAAUUCCAUCAGUGAUCGUUGACCUGUGAUUCCUAGGAUUGUCUAGGUUGAUUUAAAUAUAUAUAUUUUUUUUCUAACUGGUUGUUUUGCGUCUUAUUUGACUCUCAGUAGAGUCAUCAUCUAUUAACCCCUCACAAUGCCUCGUUCCACACAGCAGAACUAGACACAAUGGAGGGGGUUUAGACGACAGGUAGCAGGCUACUAGAAUUUUAUUGUGCAUUUCUGAUCCUAUCUCUGUGUAAUACCUCAUUAUAAAAAUAUAGAUAAAUAAAAUAACAUCUAAGUUAAUAGCCAGUAUUAGAGAGAGUGGGGUGAUAUUUCAUUAUAUUUACUAAAGUUUGAAGGUAGAAAAGUAAAAUUGAAAUGACAUAAUUUAAACUAAAACACGCAAACUGCGUCUAUUGCCGGGUUGUAUUGAUCUCCCCCACCCUGUUCUGGUCCUCAUUAUUCCACUGGGUUUCAAUCUGUUCUAAUUUGGAGUCCAGUGAUUAAACCACCCUGUGUGUAAUUUCCUUAAAAGUAAAUUUUUCAUGCAAAUGUCCGCCUCAACGCUUUGUGCUUUUUAACAAAUUACACACUGCGUCCGUCAUGUGAAAUAUUUCCAGUAUGAUGCUGAAUGUCUGUCUGUGUUUUUUUGUUGUUUUUUUCCUGUUGCGGCUUAAACCAGUUUCUGUAAAAAAAAAAAAAAAAUCUCUCCUCAUUGUUUGAUAUCUGACACUGCUUCAAUUAUACUCUUACACCAACCGCCUGAGACCUGGUGAUACCAGGGGUUUAUUAACAAUAGACUGUAAGCUCGUUUGAGCAGGGUCCUCUUCAACCUAUCGUUCCUGUAAGUUUUCUUGUAAAUGUCCUAUUUAUAGUUAAAUCCCCCCUCUCAUAAUAUUGUAAAGCGCUACGGCUAUAUAAAUGGCCAUAAUAAUAAUAAUAACUAGAAAAGCUACAAUUUCUGGGGAAAUUGUGUGAAGUGUUCUUGCCUCCGCCAGUAGUCUACAACUGGAGUGGGCGGAGUAACUGUUAUUAUUUAUUUAUAUAGCACAUUUAAUUGCAACAUUGUUUCCCAAAGUGCUUCACAGUUACAUUAAACCAUACAUUUAUAAAACAUUAGCAGGUGUUCAAAAGGCCCUGUCUAUGACAUCACUUGCUGCUGCAGCCUGGCACAGGUCAGAAUAUUUUGGCGGUUGCCAUCUUCAAACGGUCACAAACUAUACAUCCUACAGCAGAGAGCUUUAUAUUGUGAGAAUCACAAGACCCAGACCUACAUUUUGAUGCAUAGUAUGUCUCUGAAAUAUUAAAAUUGAAGGCACAGUCGCAGUUUAGAAAUUGCCCUUCAAAUUUGAGCUGGCUAGAGUGGAGUUUCAAUGAAUGUCAAUGGACGGCGUGAGUUGCAAACAAAUGGUCAUAUUGUGAAAACUAUAAGGACUACGGCUUAGCCGUGGACAUCUUUAGUGGCAGCAGGGAUAGCUGAACAUUUUGAUAUAAGAUUUGUGUAGGUGGGCUUAAAAAUGAGGGAGUGGCGGCAGUUUAGAAAUCAUGUCCUGAUUUUUCAGCUUUUGCCAGCUCCCACUCUAGCUUUGAACAUUUUGCCAUUCAUUCUUAUGGGACCAAUUUCGCCACAAGAACAACGAUGAUAUUCCGUGAACCAUUCGGCGAAAUGUUCCACAAAGUAAUAGCUGGAUUGCUGAUCGGUCAUCUACUAAAAUGUAAAAUGUUAGACAUUCAAAGUAAAAGAGACACUAAAGGCUCCUAGACAAAGGGGGCGGAGUUAUAGAAGCAGUAAGGGGAGGAGUUAUAGAAACAGUAAGGGGAGGAGUUAUAGAAGCAGUAAGGGGAGGAGUUAUAUAAGUUGUAUGGGGAGGAGUUAUAGAAGUUGUAUGGGGAGGAGUUAUAGAAGCAGUAAGCGGAGGAGUUAUAUAAAUUGUAUGGGGAGGAGUUAUAGAAGCAGUAAGGGGAGGAGUUAUAGAAGCAGUAAGGGGAGGAGUUAUAUAAGUUGUAAGGGGAGGAGAUAUAGAAGUUGUAAGGGGAGGAGUUAUAGAAGCAGUAAGGGGAGGAGUUAUAUAAGUUGUAAGGGGAGGAGUUAUAGAAUCAGUAAGGGGAGGAGUUAUAGAAGCUGUAAGGGGAGGGGUUAUAAGUUGUAAGGGGAGGAGUUAUAGAAGUUGUAUGGGGAGGAGUUAUAGAAGCAGUAAGCGGAGGAGUUAUAUAAAUUGUAUGGGGAGGAGUUAUAGAAGCAGUAAGGGGAGGAGUUAUAUAAGUUGUAAGGGGAGGAGUUACAGAAGCAGUAAUGGGAGGAGUUAUAUAAGUUGUAAGGGGAGGAGUUAUAGAAGCAGUAAGGGGAGGAGUUAUAUAAGUUGUAUGGGGAGGGGUUAUAUAAGUUGUAUGGGGAGGAGUUAUAGAAGCAGUAAGGGGAGGAGUUAUAUAAGUUGUAAGGGGAGGAGAUAUAGAAGUUGUAAGGGGAGGAGUUAUAUAAAGCUGUGAGGGGAGGAGUUAUAUAAGUUGUAAGGGGAGGAGUUAUAGAAGCAUUAGGGGGAGGAGUUAUAUAAGUUGUAUGGGGAGGGGUUAUAUAAGUUGUAUGGGGAGGAGUUAUAGAAGCAGUAAGGGGAGGGGUUAUAUAAGUUGUAAGGGGCCGGGUUAUAUAAGUUAUAGACUCUGCCGCACAUGCGCAAUCAGCCGAUGAGUUAUAGAAGCAGUAAGGGGAGGGGUUAUAUAAGUUGUAAGGGGAGGAGUUAUAAAAGCAGUAAGGGGAGGAGUUAUAGAAGCAAUAAGGGGAGGGGUUAUAUAAGUUUUCAGCUUUUGCCAGCUCCCACUCUAGUUUUGAACAUUUUGCCAUUCAUUCCUAUGGGACCAAUUUCGCCACAAGAACGACGAUAUUCCGUGAACCAGUAAGGGGAGGAGUUAUAGAAGCAGUAAGGGGAGGAGUUAUAUAAGUUGUAAGGGGAGGAGAUAUAGAAGUUGUAAGGGGAGGAGUUAUAUAAAGCUGUGAGGGGAGGAGUUAUAGAAGCAGUAAGGGGAGGAGUUAUAUAAGUUGUAAAGGGGGGAGUUAUAGAAGCAGUAAGGGGAGGACUUAUAUAAGUUGUAAAGGGGGGAGUUAUAUAAGUUGUAAGGGGCCGGGUUAUAUAAGUUAUAGACUCUUGCCGCACAUGCGCAAUCAGCCGAUGAGUUAUAGAAGCAGUAAGGGGAGGGGUUAUAUAAGUUGUAAGGGGAGGAGUUAUAGAAGGAGUAAGGGGAGGGGUUAUAUAAGUUGUAAGGGGAGGAGUUAUAGAAGCAGUAAGGGGAGGGGUUAUAUAAGUUGUAAGGGGAGGAGUUGUAGACGUUGUAAAGGGAGAGGUAGGAGCAGUUUUCUAAUAUACAUUUUUUUCUUUUACAGAAGUUCACAUGGUCAAAAUAUUGGUUUAAACUUCAAAACACAACCUUGUUUUUCUACAUCCCAGGAGAAGUCCUGACCGUAAGUACACUAAUGUUCAGGAGUUUUUUGUAUUAUACAAAUACCGAUAAUCCAAGUGAUAUGCUACUGAUUGUAGAGCUGUGGGAGACGCCAAUUUCAAAAUUGCAUAUUCUCUCCUUUUAAAAAAAAAAAAAAAAAUAUAUAUAUAUAUAUAUAUAUAUAUAUAUAUAUAUAUACACACACAUCGGUAUUUUUUUUAAAUUGUAGAAUCUUCCAUAAUUUCUAUAACUUUACAUUUGUGAUAUGUUAUGUUUCAGUGACCGGAGACUAAAUUCCAUUCUUGUUAAAGUAUUCCCCGGCUCAGUUUAUUUAUUUAUUGGCUAGGAAUAGCGGAUCUGAAAACAUUUUUUGCAUCAUUCCGUGGAAUCUCACACCGGAUUGCCAAUACUAACCGAAUUCUCAUUGUAUUCUAGGCUACUCUUCGAGGCCAAUAUUACAUGUACAACGUAAGUAUAACAACAUUUAGGUAACAAUAACACCAACUCCUAAAGAAUGUAUAAGGCUCUGAUGAUCACAGAUCAAUUGUGUGUAUUUCCUGCUCUUUACUCAUUGAUGCUUAGUUCCAAAUUUAAAGGACCACUAUAGGCACCCAGACCACUUCAGCUCAAUGAAGUGGUCUGGGUGCCAGGUCCAUCUAGGGUUAACCCUGCCUGCUGAAAACAUAGCAGUUUCAGAGAAACUGCUAUGUUUACCUAUGGGUUAAUCCAGCCUCUAGUGGCUGUCUCAUUGACAGCCGCUAGAGGUGCUACCGCGCUUCUCACUGUGAUUGUGAUUUCCACAGUGAGAAGACGCCAGCGUCCAUUGGAAAGCAUCGAGAAUGCUUUCCUAUGGACUGGCUGAACGCGCGCACGACUCUUGACGCACAUGCGCAAUCAGCCGAUGACGACCGAAGGAGAGUCCCCAGUGCCGAGGGAGCCCGGCGCUGGAGAAAGGUGAGUAACCCCGUUCCUCCCCCUUCAGACCAGAGGGAGUAGGACCCUGAGGGUGGGGGCACCCUCAGUGCACUAUAAUGCCAGGAAAACGAGUUUGUUUUCCUGGCACUAUAAUGGUCCUUUAAGCUGCAAUGUAUCCUGUUAUAUAACCCCACCCCCCUCCCCUUUGACAAUAACUACUGUCAAGUAUGAUGGCUUGUGACUGUUUGUAUCAGUGAUCAUAGUAAUGAGUGAGUCGCUAUCUGACCUUCUCUACACAGCUAGUGUAUUAAAGAAAACGAAAAUAUUAGAUAUAAAUCUGGUUACCACUGAGAUUUUGUUUAAUGAUUCCAGUUUUGGAAAGAGCCUUGUGGAGCGUAGCAAAUGUAGAAUCCUACAAACAUAUUUGAGUUAUUUUUUCUUGAAGUGGUGUAAUGGAGAGGUUCACUAAAUUGGGAGUUGUGGAAUACUGACGAGAAAAUGGAAAAAGUUAGGCCAAAAUAUUUCUACCAAACUGGGCAGAAUUGACAACGUUUUAUUUAGAGUGUAAGUUCUGUGGGGUAGAGAAUUCAGUCUGCGUGCCAAUCAUAACUCAUAAUUAUUGUAUAAAGCCCACUCCCACACCUUAAUGUAAGCUCACAGCCCCAUGAUGUAAUAUCUCAGUAUGGAAUUCAAAUGAGGAAGAAGGCGUGUCUUAGAGAGACAAAAUGGCUGCCUGCUGUAUACGCAAGAAUACAAUUAAAUAGCUGGAAGCUAAUGUGACUUUUCUUUUUUUUCCCUGUAAAAUAACGUGACUCUUUAACAUUGUAUCCGUGUAUAUUAUUUAUAUUUUGUCUUGCUGUUAUUGUUUAGGUGCUGUCAGUCCGAAAAUUGACGAACUCAGACAUUGGCUUCCAGUUCGAGAUUGUUAUGAAAAAUGGGAAGAGGAAACUCUUGGUGAGUGGAAUAAAUAACGUGUUUUUAAUGGUUACUAUGCUGGGCAAGAGAUGGCGUGCUUUCUUAGAAGUAAAGGGAUGAAAAAAAAUUCUCAGUGCCGCCUGGGUAUUUCCUUUCAUUUGUCCUUUUACAGACCAGUACUAGUUUUUAGAUCUGGGCUGGACUGGAAAUUUUGUUUUUUAUAUAUCACCCUUCACCUUAAAAAAUUACAGCACAUUCGUAAAGCAACUUUAUUACAUCUUCUCAGUAUUUCAUAAAGGUAUCAUUUUAAUGAAAUACUGGUGAUGAUUGCCUUAAAAUUGUAUUGGAAUUCCAACGCAAUUCAAAGAUCCCAUAAGACAAAGCAGACUUUUUUUUUUUUAGGGUGACAAAAGUCAGAGGUCCGCUGUCAACUUUUGUCCAAUCCCAGCAGCCAUCACAAGUGACGGUGUUGGGAUUCAGGCAUGGUCUUGUUCAUCAAAAGAUGUCUAUUGAGGCACUUUGCUUCCUAGCAGAAUCCUCCAUAGACCUCAGUGAUGUACUCUUGUAUUUGCGCAUGAAGAAGACCUACGGAAGAAGAUGGUGGUAGCCCUAAGGAACAUCUUUAGGUAUGUAAACCUACCUUCUGUUGCAAUUGUUGGCCACCUGACCCUUACCACUGUGUCACCUUCGGGGAUUUUGAUAAAUUUGCAAAGACUUCUAAAAGUGACAGAUCUGCUUCAAUUUUUGUUUCAAUGUAAGAUGCAAAUGUUAGCAAGGUCAAGUGGCUGAACUGGAAAGCAGCCUCUUAACAAAAACAAUAAGGAAGAUUGAUACAGCAGCACUCUCUAGAAGGCAGGUGAAGGGGAAGAAAGACCGGGGAAGCAGCAAGGCAUUAAGUAUACAGCCACCCCAAUCCAGUGACCAGCUCGGCACGGCUUUGUGUUAACAACAGGCAGACUGUAAUCCUAACUGUGAAAUUGAAUCUUUCUGAGGCUUCUUGGCCACUAGGCACUGGACCAGUCUGCCCUAUGGCCAGUAAGGUCCUGGUUCAACCAGAUUUCAUAUAUGCUUGGCUAAACUGGCUAAUCAAUGUAACAGUGUUGCACCCCAUUUUCCUUACUGAGAAAGCAUGCACGUCAACAUGAUAAUUAGGUAGGUCAGUAGCUUAUGAAGUGUUGGAUGAGAAAUAGGGAAUAAGGGUUGAAGGGCCACUCCGGGCACCAUAACAACAUCAUCAGAAUGAUCGCUCUGUCCCUGUACUUGCGCUCAACGUCCAAGGCUUCAAUCAGGAAGCUUCGAACAGGGCACCACUGAUUGCCUGACAACAUCAGGUAAUGUGCACUGCCUAUCACUAGCUACACAUUGAGAAAAGAGGCUUUGAGUCUUUGUGAUUGAGGCCUCGGACAUUGAGUGAAAGUUCAGUGGAAGAGCGAUGUGGGGCCAGCUUGAAGACUUUUGGGUUAAACAGUUUGUUAAUGGUUUAACCACUUCAGGUAAGCAGACGCCCGGGACCUACAUUCCAACAAAGCUGUUAUCGUGCCUGGAGUGGUCCUUUCGAAGUUUGGAAUUUUCAAUAAUUGUGCAAUGAGCUAAAUUUGUGAUGUGUCACCAGUCCGCAGAUACAGCUGAGCUACGGGAUGUAUGGAUGGCAUUUUUAUGGAAAGCGAUGCAAUUACCUGGACCAGGCCGGCAUAACUCCUCCUGCACAUGGUAUGAAUGAGCCAAUAAAGGCUUUGGACUGGCUGAUCAUUAUAGGAAAUAUAAUUCAAAAACAAGGUCAGCCAUCACUGGUAAAUACCCAUCUGAUACUAACUAGAAGGAUGACCCUAGAACCCACUGCAAAAUGCUUCAUAUGGUAUAUAUUACUGGAAAACAGCACUGAUCUGCAGAUGGGUCCUUAUGUUAUUCAUGGAGGAGAGAUGAUUAUACACAUUUUAAAAUAUUUUGUAAAGAACAAGGAGAACUUUAUAUUUUUAUUUAUGAGAAACAUCUUUCAUAGCUUAAGGCCUCAAUUCCAUUCUGUCACUGAAAACCAGUCGUGAAUUAUUGACUUGUUUUGGACAAUAUUUUUGUCACGUUUUGACUGGAUUUCAUGUCAGCCAAACCUGAUAAACAGAUGGGUUUCUCAAUAAAAUUUGUCCGAUGAGUGUGGAAGCUCAUUUAUCCACCUUUUUUUUUUUUAAUGACUAACCUGGUUAGUCAUUUGAAAAAAGAAACAAAAUAAAAGCCUAUACGGUCAACAUGAUCCCCAUAUAGUAAAAGACAGGUGCUUUACAUCCCCCAUAACCCACAUAUUUAUUGCCUCUUGAUAAGCCUUUAAUGGUGGUAAUGUAGUAGAUUUGGAACGAUAAAAGGUUUUUCGCAUAAUAUCUUUACAGCCAUAAUGCUGUCAAAGAAUGAGGGGAUAUAGCCCACAACAUCUGGAGUAGCCCACAACAUCUGGAGACUCCAAGGUUGCCUAUCCAUUCUGUAGGAUAUAAAUAACGAUGAUGAGAUAUAUAUUGUAGGAUUACCAGGGCCUUGCAUGGUUUUGCAGUCAUUUUGUAUUAAAUCCGUUUUUAUUGAGGUCAAUGUAAGGAACAGUUUACCCGCGCAGGGGUUGUAAUGCAUGUUUGACAAGCGAUAUGAAAUGCAGAAUCGGUAUAUCAGUGGCAUUUUGACAUUUGCCUUCGCAGAGGCUUAUAAUGUGGGAUUUCUGUUAUUGUUGAGAUCGGACAUUUGAACGAGUUUCCCAUGCAGGGGAGUGUACGUAUGUCUAGUACUUAUUUUAAUGUUCAGUUACAGCUCCUUUUUCAACAUAUUCAUGUUGAUAAUUAAGCUCGUUGUCACUAACGUGAGUUAGAGUGUGCGUCAGUUUUUUCGUGUAGUAUUGAGUGGUGUAUCGGUCUGUUGUUGUGGUGUGGUUAUUUUGGCAGGUGAUUAAGUUUGGGUGGUGUGAGCGUUUGUCGUGUCUUAGGGUUUACUGGGUGUCGUCUGUGGUAGUCCUCUAUCUCUUGGUAGUGUGUGAGGCAUAGGCGUGGGGUUAAGUCUAUGGGGUGGGUCGGUCUGUUCUGUCAGAGGUUGUCCUGUGGUAUCUUGUGGUCUACGUUGGUGGGUAGGAAGGGGUGGGUUUCAAGUGUUAGGGGUGGGUGAGUUAGAAGAUGGGGGAAGGGAAGAAGGGAGGAGGAGGACGGAGAGUGAAAAGCAAGUAAAAGGAAGAAGAGAAAAAGAGAAGGAAGGGGGAUCCUGCUUGGGCGUAGCCUCCGGUCACCGCUCCAGCCCAUCGCGCCCCGUGAAGCCCCCACCGGCGCGGUCCACAGGAGUUCUCCUGUUCUGCUCUCAGGUUGUUUAGCUGGUUCCCAGAUGUUGUAUGAAUUAAUCUGAGGAGAUGUGUCUCAGCCAGUAGAACCAUUGUUGUGUGUAUCUUUCUUAAUCUUUCGCAGAGGCAACCUUCAGGUCUUCAUAUUUUUGUGUGUCCUCCACCUCCUCCACCCAUCGAUUUAUGGGGGGGGGCACAUGCUUGUCUCCAGUAUAUGGGGAUGGUUGCUUUUGCGGCAUUGAGGAGUCUCGGGGUCACUGAUCUUUUAUAGGCGUCGUAGUGUGGUGGUGGAGGAGAUAUGAGGCUGGCGUUUGUGGGCCGAUUGUCCCCCAGAAUGGCCUAAUGAGAGCACAGUCCAACCAGGUGUGGAGGAAGGUGCCUCUCUCUUCUCCACAGCGCCAACAGGUGUCGGGCAUAUUAUGAUCGCGGGUGUGUAGGAUAGCCAGGGUGAUGUACCAUCUUGUGAGGACUUUGUAUUCGUAUUUCUUGUAGCCGUGCAGGUUUUUUGGGUGUGUCUGAUGAUUUUGUCCCAGUCAGCCUCCAUGAUUGUUUCAUUGAGGUCUUCUUCCCAUUGUCUGAUGCAAGGUGGUGCUAUGAGGUAGCGGCUUGUCACCAGUGAGGUGUAAAUCUGGGAGAUAGCCCUUGGUGGUAGUGUGUCUUGCAGGCAAAGGGAUUCGAAUUCUGUUCGGUCCCAAAGUAUGCUGGGUUUUUGUGGUAUUGAGCGGGAGUAGUGUGAUAUUUGUUCCCUUGCCAUUGUGUGUAGGAAUGUGUGUUGUUGUUCUGGGAAGAAGUCGGUUAGCGGGCGUAUUAUGCAUGGCGAGGGUAUCAUAUCAGCUAUGCAGACGAUCUUGUCUCGGUUCAUCAGGUGUGGGAGAGGGCCGUGGUCACCUGCUGGGAAGUGUGGGUUUCCCCGCAGGGGGAGCAUGGGGCUUGGGUCGGUCGUGAGGUUGUAUUUGGUGCCAUUUUGGUGCCAGGUUUGGAGUGUGGCUUUCCCAAACGGGUUCGGGAGUUGAAUAUGUUUGCUCAGUUCUUUCUUGAACCAGGGCAGGGUUCGUAGAUCGCAGUUGGUGCUGUCUGUUUCCAGCUGCACCCAUGGCUUCUCUCACCUUCAUGGACCAGCUGAUGACUAUGGUGGGGUGGGCCGCUAGAAAGUACUUUCUGAAGUCUGGCAGGGCUAGUCCACCUCUAAGUUUGGGGAGCGUCAGUUGGGAGUGAGAUAUGCGGGGGGUUCUACCCCACCAAACAAAUUUGCGGACUUCUGCCUGUAUGGCUGUGAAGAUGGUCUUCUGGGCCGCGACUGGUACCGUUUAGAAGAUGAAGAGGAGUUCAGGGAGUAAGGUCAUCUUGACUGCAUUCACUCAGCCUAGCCAGGAAAUGCAAUAAAAGUUCCAAGUGUGUAGUUCUUCUACUGCUGCAUUGAGGAUGGGUGUGUAAUUGUGAGCGUAUAGAUCCUUCGGGUCUGGUGUGAGCCAUAUCCCUAGGUAUCUCAUCUGGGUGUCACACCAAUGGAAGGGGAAGUGUUGUUUGAUUGUCCGUCGCUGAGUGGGGUUGGUAUUGAGGCUUAGGAUUUCUGAUUUUGUGUCGUUGAUUCGCAAGUUGGAUAUGUGGCCAUAGGUUUCAAAUUCCGUCGUGAACGCUUGCGGGGUGGCGGUCGGGUCCCUCACUAUGAAUAGGAGGUCAUCCGCAUAGGCGAGAACUUUGUGGUGCAUGCGACCCACUUCUAGUCCGUGGAUGUGUUUGUUGUUUCUGAUGUUGUUCAGGAAGGGCUCCAGUGUGAGUGCAAAAAGCAGGUGCGAGAGUGGGUAGCAAUGGCAGAUUCCGUUGUGGAUCUGAAACAGUUUGGAGAGAGCACCGUUGAUCCGCAGUCGUGCUGUCGGGCAGGUGUAUAGCGCUUGUAUCCAGGUGAUGUAUUUUGGCCUGAUGCCUAGGUCCUGGAGUGUUCCGAACAUAAGGUCCCAACUACCCGGUCAAAUGCCUUCUCGGCAUCCGUUGACAGGUCCUCCCGGCUUCCGAGAUCAGGUUCACCACUCAGAUGGUGUUAUCUUGGAUCUCUCUGCUCGAGAUGAAACCCGGGUUUACCAAAUCUGGUAGUAGUGGGGCCAGGCGGUUAGCCAGGACGCUGGCCAGCUGCUUGAUGUUGACGUCCAGGACUGAGAUCAGGCAAUAGCUCUGCCCUCUUUUGGGAGAAGAGUUAUAUUAGCGGCAGUAAAUUGUGUAGAGGGUAUCGCUCCUUCUAAGAUGGAGUUCAGGGCUGUCAGUAAUUUCGCGAGGAGGUCUGGUGAGAAGGUUUUGUAGUAUAGGAGGGGUAGGCCAUCGAGUCCAGGCAAUUUGCCCGUCUGUGCUUUUUUGAUGGCAAACGCUAAUUUGUCUGUCAUGAUGGGGGCCUCUAACGUUUUGCGUUUGUGGUCCUCAAUUCAUGGUAGUCUGGAUGUUGCAAGAUAGGCUUGUAUUUCGUCUCGCCUGCUGAGUUGUCCUUGGCGUAUGUGGUAUCGUUCCUUGUAGUAGAGAAGGAAUGUGGCAGAGAUUUGUUCUGGGAAGUGGCAGACUUGCUGGGUGUGGUCCUUAAUUUUGGGUAUGUAUAGUUGGGUUCUGCAACGCUUCAUGAGGUUAUCGAGGAGUCUGCCACAUUUGUUCCCGUGUUCAUAUAGCAGUUGCAGUCAUUUUGGAGAUUUUAGUUUUAGGAUCACAUAUAUACGGUAACUUUUUUUCUAUUAGUAUGGUCCUUUCAGAAUUGAAUCACUCACCAAUUCAUUGCGAAAUCCAUUGGAAUAUGUUUUUAGUGGGCUAUUCUUUAUUGCCCAGGUAGGGUGGGAAAGUUAGUAUUUACAUGAGUUUUUGUGGUACAGUAUGGCGACGUCACUGGGCAAUAACUGUUUGUCAAUGGCAUGAUUUAUGACCUGUAUUUAUUAUAGGUACGACAUCCCAGGACUUCUACAGAGGGCUAAUUCAGAGACUAUGAACGACGAACUAAAUGCAAUCAGUAUGCAGGUUGACGUACCCCUAACAAACCAAACAGGUAACAAAAAAAACACAAAUGGAUAUAAAUACGACAUCAAUGGCAGAAUCACUGUUAUAACAGAAACCCUGUUUACUUUGUGUUUACUGUGUCUGCAAUAGCAGGAAUAAGUGCCAGAUUUAAACCGGUUUAAAAUACAUGAGGCUAAAAUUAACAUUUAUUUUAAUUUUUUUUUUUUAAAUAUGUAUUUUAUUGAAGUUGGACACGUUAUACACCUUCACCAGUAUAUAGGAUAUAAAGGUAAACACAUUCUUUUUUUUAAUUCUUUUUUUUUUAUUGUGCAUAGGGUAACAAAGGGCUUGUUCGGCCACAAUAGCAUUCACAUGCUUUAUAGUAACAGGUAUAGUAAACUUAACGUGGUGUAAGAGUGGUCAGCACAUUUAUACAUGUAUACAUAACGUUUCAACUUGUCAGCAUAUCUUCUGUCUGUGGUGUGCGUAACAUUGGGUUGUUCAAAAGUAUAUACACAUUUCUAUGUUAGUCGUGAAUUUUUUUUUUAUUUUUUUUUUAACAUGUUUAAACAAUACGAUAGGCAGUUAGGAAGUGUUUGGUCCUGUCUUAGGUAAGCAGAUCUAGCAGUGUCUUAAUAGUGACAUGCAUAUCUUUUAAAGCAAUGAGAGCUAGCAGGCCAGUCCCUACUUCAUCUAGUGAGUCUAUGCAUAUGCCAUAAUGUGUUAUCAUUAGCUAACCAACUGUGGUGAGAAAACAUAUACAUUGUUGCCACACUGACGAGGCACUGAAGGAGUUAUGUCUCAAAAAAAGAAGGGAAAUAUACAAUCAUAGGGUAAUAUGUACAUGAACAAUAAUAAAGAAAAUGUGAACCAAAAACACUCACAAGGGUAGAGCAAUAAAGUCUGCUCUAAACUUUGCAGGCUUCUAUUGCAAUAAUGUAGACUGGAAACUGUGGUGAAGUUAAAUCCUUUAUUGCUUCUUUAAAAAUAUCACUGUAUUAGGCUGGUAAGUCCCACUUUUCUAUUCACCUCCUUAUGGUUAGUGCUGGUGUUUACAGUCUCUAUAUCGGCGCCGGCUAUACAGAGUCUCUGUGUGCCAAAAAGACUUCCUGAUUCUAAACACUUCCGGGAGGCAGGGCUUAGCGGCCGGUGAGCAUAAUGACAUCAGAGCGUGAUGACGCGUUUCGCUGAGGGGUUCGGCUUCCUCAGAUCAACUCCUUUCACACCACAGUCCCAAUAUAAUAUAUAAUAAUGAACGAUAAAUAAUAUAUAAUAUAUAAUAUAUGAUAUAUUGGGACUGUGGUGUGAAAGGAGCUGAUCUGAGGAAGCCGAACCCCUCGGCGAAACGCGUCAUCACGCUCUGACGUCAUUACGCUCACCGGCCGCUAAGCCCCGCCUCCCGGAAGUGUUUGGAAUCAGGAAGUCUUUUUGGCACACAGAGACUCUGUAUAGCCGGCGCCGAUAUAGAGACUGUACACACCAGCACUAACCAUAAGGAGGUGAAUAGAAAAGUGGGACUUACCAGCCUAAUACAGCGAUAUUUUUAAAGAAGCAAUAAAGGAUUUAACUUCACCACAGUUUCCAGCCUACAUUAUUGCAAUAGAAGCCUGCAAAGUUUAGAGCAGACUUUAUUGCUCUACCCUUGUGAGUGUUUUUGGUUCACAUUUUCUUUAUUAUUGCUCAUGUAUAUAUUACCCUAUGAUUGUAUAUUUCCCUUCUUUUUUGAGACAUAUAUUGGAUUGCUGACAGAAGCUCCUAAGCAUUUUCCAUAAUUGGGAAGCUAAGUAUUGUCUUUUGCACAUAAUUGGUUGCACAAAGAAAUAUUUUGUCUGCACAAUUUGCAUAUUUAUAUGUUUAAGUGUGUUGCACAUUGAUGCACUUGAUCACUUUAUUUGCACAGUAUUGCACAAAUUAUUUUCACUGUUUAUAAAUAUUUAGUCUUAAAGGCACAGCGCACUUUAUUCUUACAUUGUUUUAAUAUAGGUGAUUGAGCUUUUUCACGAUAUAUGGUGCUGCUUAUUAGUAUAUAUUAUAGUAAAAUUCAGCGCCAUAACAUUACUUGUGUGUUUUAUCACUGAAGGAGUUAUGCAGGGAUGGAGGCUAUUGCUCGCUAUACUAAAAGGCAAGGAGGUGGGUAGUUUACAGGAAAGUCAAAUCAUGGGUCAUUACUAUAUCCUCGGUGGUUGGAGGUUUCAGUCUCUGGGACCCCAAAUCAAAGAGGAGUUCAUCCAAUUCCGGCUUUCGGCCAGUACCUCAAGCGUUCUGGAGGUACAGCAGUGGUUCCCUGCGCCAUCUUGUGAUUUUGCUGCAGGUGCUGGGUCACUUGUGUAGUGUCACUCUUUGUGCAGAGUUGGUCCCCGUUUCGUUGAGUGCCGAGACAUUGGUCAGGUGAGAUGCUUGGCUGUAUCCUGUGCUUUGUAGUCCCGGGGAUUUUAGAUUGUGAGUGGGAGGGUGCACCCGAUAUGCCUACCACCAUUUUCCCACUCUGGGCCCGCUGGUGUCUGUAUUGCCGGACCGCCAUUUUGGAUGCCCGUGGUGUCUGUCUAUAGUAGCUGCGUUGUGCAGUCGGCCGGAUCCAAGCGGUUACCAUUGCCUCCGCCUGGCGGUAUGUCGCUCCUCUGUUCUGCAGGGUGUCCCUGUAGCUUGUGCACAGGUAGUCAAAUGUCUCCAGAGGGGACGUGGGUAGCUGGGUGCAAGUGUUCCGGUCUCUGUGCUUGUGCUGUGUGGCCAUCUUGGUACCACCAUGUGGGCCAGUUACCCGAGUGUUGCUUCUAGCUGGAUCGCUUAUUUUCCUUCCUGGCUGUUGUGACCAGUGGGGACCGGGAUAUCCCCCGCCGGUCCAAAGGGGGGGGUAGUUUGCAAAGCUGUCGCUUGAAGGCUCUCUCGCCGAGGUGGGCAGCCGCCUCGCCUCUGUUUCAGUCUCUGUAGGACACAUUUGUGACUCCGCUGUUCCUGGUAUUGUUGGGUUCCUGGGGGCACCCCCGAUGUGGGUGGCGCACCCCUGAGUAGUUUUGGGCUAAGUAGCCGCUGCUUUUGCCCCAGAUUGUGCCCUUCUGUGCUCUAUCGUUUUCUAAUGUAGUGAUCUUUCAAUCUUCUGGCUACUGGAGCCAGUUGCCACUUUUCUGUUGAAACAGAAAAUGGUAGGUCACCAUAUAUAGCCACAGCCCUUACUUCAAAGUUAACAGGUCCUAAUGCAACUGGCAAUAAUGGUGAUUCUCAACACUAAGUUUCUGGUGGUGGCUAUGGUGUCUCUGGGGGCUUCUGCAGGUGCUGCUGAUGAUUUGCGCAAGCUUAAAGUGGAUAAUAUAAGUGGGGUGUCAGCAUCACACUCAAGGUCCAUAGAGGUAGUAAGCCUCUGAACAAAAGGGAGUAGGUUAUCUUCAGGUAUGCCUCUCAGACAUAUAUUGCAACGUCGGUGUCUGGAUUCAAGCAAGGCUACCAUUCUGUGCAGUUGCUGGAUCUGUUUGGCAAGUCCUUCCAAGUAGGAUUUAGUACUUAAAGUUGAUUUUUCCUUCUCCUUCACCUCCUGUUCUAAGAGACCUAUUUCUGCCUGGGUCUUUCUCAAGUCUUCCUUCCAGACAUGUCUCAGGUCCACCAACAGACGCUUAAUGUCCACUUUUGUGGAUGGAGAUGUAUCUUCAUCUGAGUCAGACUUGUGAUAGACUUCACCGGAUUGCGGUGAGGUGAAGGAUUCCCACUCCUAGUACGAGUCUUCUGAGGCCUCUGGCUCACUCUGGGGUUCAGGCGCCAUGUUGGCGGGCAUCAGCAAUGCAGGCCUCUCGAAUGCAAUCCUGAUGUCCCUCCAUAUAGAAUUGCCUCCCAUGUUUGAGCCCAAUGGUGUCAUCUAGGGGGUAGCAGGUAAAUUUAGAGUCUUGCGAAAGACUUUCUAUAGUUAAAGACUCUUUAUCUGUAGGGCCAUAACGGUUCUGUACGUAGCGUUCAUACAGCUUUCCAGUCGCCCACACCCACAUCCAAAACUAACAUUGAAAACAAAAAUGGAGGGUGUAUUUAGGGUGGUUGUUCUUGUAAAUUAAUCUACUCGAAUUGUGCUGUUAUAGGGACACUCUAAGCAACUAAACCACUCAGAGGUUGGGAAUUCAUAUCGCCCAACAUCCGGUAUAUGCACUUUCUGGCAUCCAAUAGGCUUUCUUUUUUUUUUGCGUUUAGCAGACAAAUGGCAUGACUGACUGGGGAGGACAUGUCCAGGGCAGGCAGCAUCUGGUCUGCACCUUUGGCAAACGCAAACUACAGUAAUUGCUUCCUCAUGGUCUGAUGUUUAUUAAUAAGUCAGAGUGCAGGCUGGGAAUACCGACAGCUGCACUCCAAUUCACUGAAUUACGGACCAUGAAAGAGCGAUUACUGCGGUCUGCACAAGUUGGAAGUGCAGUCUGCACACUCCUACACUGGACCACCAGGGAUUUUAAUCCACAAUAACACAUCUUCUGUAGCAGUGGUGUGUAAUGUGUGUGAAUGUGAUGGGUGCUGGCUGUGUGUAUUGUGUGUUCUCUCUGUUUUGCCUCCCUUCCCCUUCCCAUAGGAAGAUAUCUUUCUACAGGAAAGUGGGAAGACAGAGCACACACACAUUCACACACAUUACACACAUCCAACACACACCACAUUCACACACAUUACACACAUCCAACACACACCACAUGCACACACAUUACACACAUCCAACACACACCACAUUACACACACCACAUUCGCACACAUUACACACAGCCAACACACACCACAUGCACACACAUUACACACAUCCAACACACACCACAUUCGCACACAUUACACACAUCCAACACACACCACAUUUGCACACAUUACACACACCACAUUCGCACACAUUACACACAGCCAACACACACCACAUGCACACACAUUACACACAUCCAACACACACCACAUUCGCACACAUUACACACAUCCAACACACACCACAUUUGCACACAUUACACACACCACAUUCGCACACAUUACACACAGCCAACACACACACACCACAGAGUGGGAGUGGAAGACACUCACGGUUAUUCACUAAGCUCCACCUGUUCGCAAAUAAAAUCCAAAUGGAAAAAAAAAAGGAUAUGACUGUAGCCAAGUUGAAGACAUUCUCUUCAUCCCUGUUUUUGCCUUAGUUUUUCCAUUUGGAUGUAUUUGCAAAAAUGUUGAGUUUCUUGAAAAACCCUGUCUAACGUCCUUAGAGUGCACCUUUAAUAAACAAAAAUGAACAUAUACUAUGUUUAGGUAGGUAGAAAGAUAGACACUAGAAGAAAAGAAGUGCUUAUUUUACCUUAAUAGUUUAAAUUGACAGGUGUACUGCAUUCACGUGCCAACAUAUUCUUUUUAAGACAAUUUAGCAUUGAACGUAAGCUAGGGGUAAAACCAUAGUGUUUAAUGUUUAACCCCUUAAUGUAAGAUAGCGCCCGGCACCUACUUGCACCAUAACAAGUUAAUUGUGAUCAAGUUUUUAUGGUGCCCGGAGUAAUCCUUUAUGGACUGUGAAUAUCUCUGCAAAUUUGCUCCAUGACGUUUAAUAAGAAAAAUUAUUUACUCUCCAAAAAGACAGGCACAGAGAUGAUGAAGACGGGCCUCAAGGAGUUUAUGAGAUCCCCAACUUUGUUGCCUUUAAUAGUCCUGCUAAAGACACAGGUAAAUUAAGAAAUGAUAAUUUGAAUUAUACCUAGUGCUUUUGUAACCGGGGAUUCUGGGUAAUAACCCGCCUUACCCCAUAAUCACACAGUAUACAGAGCUCCCCCUGCAGCCAGGGAUUCUGGGUAAUAACCCGCCUUACCCCAUAAUCACACAGUAUACAGAGCCCCCCUGCAGCCAGGAAUUCUGGGUAAUAACCUGCCUUACCCCAUAAUCACACAGUAUACAGAGCGCCCCCUGCAGCCAGGGAUUCUGGGUAAUAACCCGCCUUACCCCAUAAUCACACAGUAUACAGAGCUCCCCCUGCAGCCAGGGAUUCUGGGUAAUAACCCGCCUUACCCCAUAAUCACACAGUAUACAGGGCUUCCCCUGCAGCCAGGGAUUCUGGGUAAUAACCCGCCUUACCCCAUAAUCACACAGUAUACAGAGCUCCCCCUGCAGCCAGGGAUUCUGGGUAAUAACCCGCCUUACCCCAUAAUCACACAGUAUACAGCGCUCCCCCUGCAGCCAGGGAUUCUGGGUAAUAACCCGCCUUACCCCAUAAUCACACAGCAUACAGAGCUGCCCCUGCUGCCAGGGAUUCUGGGUAAUAACCCGCCUUACCCCAUAAUCACACAGUAUACAGAGCUCCCCUGCAGCCAGGGAUUCUGGGUAAUAACCCGCCUUACCCCAUAAUCACACAGUAUACAGAGCUCCCCCUGCAGCCAGGGAUUCUGGGUAAUAACCCGCCUUACCCCAUAAUCACACAGUAUACAGAGCUCCCCUGCAGCCAGGGAUUCUGGGUAAUAACCCGCCUUACCCCAUAAUCACACAGUAUACAGAGCUCCCCCUGCAGCCAGGGAUUCUGGGUAAUAACCCGCCUUACCCCAUAAUCACACAGUAUACAGAGCUCCCCUGCAGCCAGGGAUUCUGGGUAAUAACCCGCCUUACCCCAUAAUCACACAGUAUACAGAGCUCCCCCUGCAGCCAGGGAUUCUGGGUAAUAACCCGCCUUACCCCAUAAUCACACAGUAUACACAGCUUCCCCUGCAGCCAGGGAUUCUGGGUAAUAACCCGCUUUACCCCAUAAUCACACAGCAUACAGAGCUCCCCUGCAGCCAGGGAUUCUGGGUAAUAACCCGCCUUACCCCAUUAUCACACAGUAUACAGAGCUUCCCCUGCAGCCAGGGAUUCUGGGUAAUAACCCAUGUAACGGAGAGGCAGUAUAAUCCACGAUAUCUCCGCUGGGUAACAGGAACAACAAAGGAUAAUCCAGGGAAUCAGCAUACAAUAAUCCAAACAGCACUGCAGUAACCCUUCCUUCCCAAGAACUAGACGACACAUAGGCUGGGAGUCAACUGAGGUCUUUUAAUUCAGCUCCACAAUUUAUACAAGUCCCCAUGCAAGGGGUUUCCUGAGUCCCCUCCCAGGGGCAUUCCCAGAGGGGACUACAUGGGGGACUUACAAUACAGGACAUUUCUCCCAUCAGGCACUGCUGCACAAGAGGGAUCCUCCCACUGGAAUAUACCGUUAAGUGGAUUAUCCCUCCGUGCAGCAGAACUCACAAUUCACAUUAAAUUCAAUAACUCCAUGAAUAUCUGGUUCAUUUAAACGAAUGGACGUUCGGUAGAUAGCUGGGGUCUGAGCGCAUCAUUCGUGAGAUUACCGCUCAGAUCCCAGCUAAAACAACCGAACGCCGCACGAAAAACACUUUCACUAACACAUAGCCUUAAAAUACCGAUUACAUAUAAGGGAACAAAAUACCGAAUGUCCCGGACCUCCCGAACGGUCUGGAGGCUCAGCGGUGUUCGCGCCGUCGAGUAGCCAUUUUUAGUACCACGCGCUCGACGACCAAACACCGCUGAGGGAACAAAGGAUCCAAGAUGGCCGACCGCCGCAUGGUCGGUAGUCGAACGACGGCCACCCAGGAGAGCCUCUAAUUACCGAUUGCAACAUUGUUGCAAUCGGUUAAUAGGCGCCACACGCCUCUAAGUGUGUGGGCUAUUAAAUGAUAUUUUGUUCGGUUCCCGAAUGGCCCGCAAAUGUGCCGUUCGUGAAACGAAGGGAAUCAGCUAUCUGCGUUCGGCAGAUAGCCCAGGCAGGCAAUACAUUAUUAACAUUGCAUUACAGUACAUGCUGGAACACACAAUAGGAACCCCAUACCGGCAACCCUUAAAGAGACAGUACAGAAAUUGUAGCGGAAUGCCAAUAUUAAAUCCACGAAUUCCGCUGUUCCAGAAACGAAUCCACAGUCAAGCGCUGAAAACACCAAGGCAAUAUCCCCAACCUCCCAAUAACCGGACGAGACACAGUUUUGGGAGUCAACUGAAAUCCUUUAAUCGGCACGACAAUUUAUACAAGUCCCCAUGCAAGGGGUUUCCUGAGUCCCUCCCCAGGGGCACUCCCAGAGGGGACUACAUGGGGGACUUACAGUACAACAUAUUUCUCCCAUCAGGCACUGCUGCACGAGAGGGAUCAUCCUCCCAGAAUGCACCGUUAAGGGGAUUAUCCCCUCGUGCAGCAGAACCGGCAAUUCACACAAAAAUCUACAACUUUUACAAUACACGGUGGAUUUACACGAAUGGACGUUCGGUAGAUAGCUGGGGUCUGGGCGCAUCAUUCGUGAGAUUGCCGCUCAGAUCCCAGCUAAAAUAACCGAACGCCGCACAGAAAACACAUUUCUUUCAAAACCCACGAAAAGAACCGAUUACUUUUAGUGAACCUGGUCCUGAAACUCCCGAACGUCCUGGAGGCUCAGCGGUGUUCGUGCCGUCGAAUAGCUAUUGGUAAUACUAUGCGUUCGACAACACGGACCCGCUGAGGAACAAAGGAUCCAAGAUGGCCGACCGCCGCAUGGUCGGUAGUCGAACGACGGCCACCCAGGAGAGCCUCUAAUUACCGAUUGCAACAUUGUUGCAAUCGGUUAACUAGCGCCACACGCCUCUAAGUGUGUGGGCUAUUAGAGGGUAUCGCAUUCGCUUCACGAACUGCCCUCCAAAGUGCCGUUCGUGAAACGAACGAGAAUCCCCAUACAAACCGCCAUUGGCAUUCGGCGGCACAGGUAAUUACAGUCUCCACAGAAAUACAUCAAGCACGUACAUAAGAAUAAACCGCAUAUCUCUCCAGACCUGUAGGCAACCCUUAAAGGCACAGUCUCUAGUUAUUGUCCAAGUGGCUAGGUUUGCCACAGAAAUAAUGUCCAAGUGGCUAGGUUUGCCACAACCCACCUUACCCCAUAAUCACACAGUAUACAGAGCUCCCCCUGCAGCCAGGGAUUCUGGGUAAUAACCUGCCUUACCCCAUAAUCACACAGUAUACAGAGCUUCCCCUGCAGCCAGGGAUUCUGGGUAAUAACCCGCCUUACCCCAUAAUCACACAGUAUACAGAGCGCCCCCUGCAGCCAGGGAUUCUGGGUAAUAACCCGCCUUACCCCAUAAUCACACAGUAUACAGAGCUUCCCCUGCAGCCAGGGAUUCUGGGUAAUAACCCGCCUUACCCCAUAAUCACACAGUAUACAGAGCUCCCCCUGCAGCCAGGGAUUCUGGGUAAUAACCCGCCUUACCCCAUAAUCACACAGUAUACAGAGCUUCCCCUGCAGCCAGGGAUUCUGGGUAAUAACCCGCCUUACCCCAUAAUCACACAGUAUACAGAGCUUCCCCUGCAGCCAGGGAUUCUGGGUAAUAACCCGCCUUCUGGGUAAUAACCCGCCUUACCCCAUAAUCACACAGUAUACAGAGCGCCCCCUGCAGCCAGGGAUUCUGGGUAAUAACCCGCCUUACCCCAUAAUCACACAGUAUACAGAGCUCCCCCUGCAGCCAGGGAUUCUGGGUAAUAACCCACCUUACCCCAUAAUCACACAGUAUACAGAGCUCCCCCUGCAGCCAGGGAUUCUGGGUAAUAACCCGCCUUACCCCAUAAUCACACAGUAUACAGAGCUCCCCCUGCAGCCAGGGAUUCUGGGUAAUAACCCCUUACCCCAUAAUCACACAGUAUACAGAGCUCCCCCUGCAGCCAGGAUUCUGGGUAAUAACCCGCCUUACCCCAUAAUCACACAGUAUACAGAGCUCCCCCUGCAGCCAGGGAUUCUGGGUAAUAACCCGCCUUACCCCAUAAUCACACAGUAUACAGAGCUCCCCUGCAGCCAGGGAUUCUGGGUAAUAACCAGUAUACCAGCCAGGGAUUCUGGUAAUAACCCCUUACCCCAUAAUCACACAGUAUACAGAGCUUCCCCCUUAUAAUCACACAGUAUACAGCCAGGGAUUCUGGGUAAUAACCCGCCUUACCCCAUAAUCACACAGUAUACAGAGCUCCCCCUGCAGCCAGGGAUUCUGGGUAAUAACCCGCCUUACCCCAUAAUCACACAGUAUACAGAGCUCCCACUGCAGCCAGGGAUUCUGGGUAAUAACCUACCUUACCCCAUAAUCACACAGUAUACAGAGCUCCCCCUGCAGCCAGGGAUUCUGGGUAAUAACUGGCCUUACCCCAUAAUCACACAGUAUACAGAGCUCCCCUGCAGCCAGGGAUUCUGGGUAAUAACCUACCUUACCCCAUAAUCACACAGUAUACAGAGCUUCCCCUGCAGCCAGGGAUUCUGGGUAAUAACCUGCUUUACCCCAUAAUCACACAGUAUACAGAGCUCCCCCUGCAGCCAGGGAUUCUGGGUAAUAACCCGCCUUACCCCAUAAUCACACAGUAUACAGAGCUCCCCCUGCAGCCAGGGAUUCUGGGUAAUAACCCGCCUUACCCCAUAAUCACACAUUAUACAGAGCUCCGCCUGCAGCCAGGGAUUCUGGGUAAUAACCGGCCUUACCCUAUAAUCACACAGUAUACAGAGCUCCCCCUGCAGCCAGGGAUUCUGGGUAAUAACCUGCCUUACCCCAUAAUCACACAGUAUACAGAGCUCCCCCUGCAGCCAGGGAUUCUGGGUAAUAACCUGCCUUACCCCAUAAUCACACAGUAUACAGAGCGUCCCCUGCAGCCAGGGAUUCUGGGUAAUAACCCGCCUUACCCCAUAAUCACACAGUAUACAGAGCUCCCCCUGCAGCCAGGGAUUCUGGGUAAUAACCCGCCUUACCCCAUAAUCACACAGUAUACAGAGCUUCCCCUGCAGCCAGGGAUUCUGGGUAAUAACCCGCCUUACCCCAUAAUCACACCGUAUACAGAGCUCCCCCUGCAGCCAGGGAUUCUGGGUAAUAACCUGCCUUACCCCAUAAUCACACAGUAUACAGAGCUUCCCCUGCAGACAGGGAUUCUGGGUAAUAACCCGCCUUACCCCAUAAUCACACAGUAUACAGAGCUCCCCCUGCAGCCAGGGAUUCUGGGUAAUAACCCGCCUUACCCCAUAAUCACACAAUAUACAGAGCUUCCCCUGCAGCCAGGGAUUCUGGGUAAUAACCCGCCUUACCCCAUAAUCACACAGUAUACAGCGCUCCCCCUGCAGCCAGGGAUUCUGGGUAAUAACCUACCUUACGCCAUAAUCACACAGUAUACAGAGCUCCCCCUGCAGCCAGGGAUUCUGGGUAAUAACCCACCUUACCCCAUAAUCACACCGUAUACAGAGCUUCCCCUGCAGACAGUAAGUCAUAAUAAUUAGAACUUCCUGUUUACUUUUCCUAGGUCUCAGAUUUGUAUUUGUUACAUGACCACUAACUAGUGUUUUAUUAAUGUAUUUAUUUUCUAAAGUAAGCGAUAGUGACGAUGAUGCCGACAUCUAUGAUGUACCCCGACCAAUCAACAGCCAACCUGUGCAGGUGUCUGGUAAGAGAUCGUUGGCCUUUUCUUCCUGUUCAAUCGUGCCCCAUUUCUUCUGUAUUCCUUAUUCUUCAACUCAUUUGUUUUUCUAUCAAUGUGGUAUAAUUAAAUAAGAAAUGUGAGGUUCUGUAUUAAGGGCUAUUCUAUGGCAAAGAAUAGAGCAAUCGCCAUGGAAACAAAUGGAAUGUCGCUGCGGAUUGAUUUUGAAAAUUCUUUUUUAUAUUUUUUAUUUUUGUACUGCAUAGUUUAACAGACAUGCUUGCAUUAACAAUUCAUGAUUAUAUAUCACAAUGAAAGAUAGUAAUGAUAACAUGAAAAGUCAAGAAUACUGCACUUUGGACGGGGUGGGGGGGACACUAUGGAACAGGAAAGGCGGGAGAACACUAUGGGACAGGGGAGGGGGAAAGAACACUAUGGGACAGGGGAAGGGGGAAAGAACACUAUGGGACAGGGGAAGGAACACUAUGGGACUGGGAGGGAAAAAGAACACUAUGGGACAGGGGAGGGAGGAAAGAACACUAUGGGACAGGGGGGGAGGGGGAAGGGGGAAAGAACACUAUGGGACAGGGGAGGGGGAAAGAACACUAUGGGACAGAGGAAGGGGGAAAGAACACUAUGGGACAGGGGAUGGGGGAAAGAACACUAUGGGACAGGGGAGAGGGGGGAACACUAUGGGACUGGGGAGGAGGGAGGAAAGAACAGUAAAAAGAGGGAGGGGAGAGGAACACUAGAGCGGGGAGAGAGGAACAUUAAGCAGGGGGGACCACUAGAAGAGAAGGGAAGUUUUUCAUAUUAGAUUAAUUAAAUUCAUUAAACAAUUUUUUUCGGUUAAGGGCAUCCUGAAUUUUCAGUUUCUGUUUCGGCCCAGAUCAAACAAUGCUGUAAACCUGUUCCAGCUUACUCCCGCGAGACCCCAGGGAACCAGGAGGGAAGGGAUAGUGUAUUGUAUGUAAUUCAACAUGUCUAUCAGACAGUGAGUGUCUUGGAGUGGGGGGGUGUGUACAACACUGUCUAUCUGUGUGUAUGUUUCUGGUAGUGUAUAUGUUGGUGAGUCUUUGAAUGCAUAUCUCUUUGUUUCUUAGUCUGGGAAUAUGUGUAUAUGAGUGAGUACGUAUGUGGGCCUGGAAGUCUAUGACUGGGGGAGCGACCCAUGGUUUUGUAAGGGUCCCCAACGUUUCUGAUGGCAGUCCUGGUAUGGUCAGACUGUCUAUAUAUUAGAGAAUUCAGACCAUCUCAGUUCUUUACAAACUAACUUUCAUACAGUAACUGAGAUAGAAACGGUACCAUUUGUUUCAGUUGAUUUUUCUGAUUCAUAUUUUUUCAUAGGAACAGAAACCGUGGCUUCUGGAACUACAGAUUUAUAUCCUACUUUAUUGCCGAAAUAUCACCUAACAUCGAACGAAUCUGGAGACCCUUUCUGA